UUUCUGUAAUUUUGUAUUUCUUCCUACAGAUUUAUUUAUAUAUAGAAUAUCAUAUAGUUAGAAGAAGAAGCAGAGAGAAAUUAAAAAAGUACUGUAAGAUGGGAUUCUUCUCACUAUUACUGGUGGCAAGCCUGCCAGUCAUACAGCUCUUGUUAAUAGGUUCUCUCGGUGCCUUUCUCGCUUCUGGUUACAGUAAUCUCCUCUCAGGUGGAAUUCGUCGCGAUUUAAACAAGAUUGUUUUUACUGUAUUUUCUCCCUCACUUGUCUUCUCCUCCCUCGCCAAAACUGUAACUCUUCAGGACCUCAUCUCCUGGUGGUUUAUGCCCAUCAACAUUGCCAUAACGUUCUUGAUCGGCGGAACUCUUGGUUGGGUUGCUGUGAAGAUACUGAGACCACCACGCCAUUUCGAAGGCCUUAUUAUAGCCAAUUGCUCUGCUGGAAACUUAGGAAAUCUUAUGCUGAUGAUUAUUCCAGCGGUAUGUAGAGAGGCUACAAGUCCCUUUGGAGAUGAGAGCAGUUGUGGUGUGCGUGGGACAUCUUAUGUUUCUUUGUCUAUGGCGCUUGGGGGUUUCUUCAUAUGGACACACACCUAUAGUCUUAUAAAAAAAGAUGGUGCGAGAUACGAGAAGCUAAAGAGAGAAGGUUCACCGGCGAUCGCCGAUGGAAGCUCGAGUGCUAGCGAAAACCACUCAGAAAAUGGAGAAGCCAACAGUGAUGAAGAGGCUCAGCUGAGUCUAUCAACUAAAUUAGUUGAUGAAUACACAGAGAAAACAGUCUUGGAACCACUACUAUCUAAUGGAAAGCUGAGAAGCAGUGUGCCUUUCUGGAAGAAAAUCAUGGAAACAGUUCAUCAACUUAUAAAGGAACUAAUAGAGCCACCAACUGUUGCUGCGAUGAUUGGGUUUGUUGUUGGUGCAAUACCUUGGACAAAAUCUCUCAUAAUUGGAGACAGUGCUCCUCUUGGAGUAAUCCAGGACUCACUUAAGAUACUAGGAGAUGGCACACUGCCUUGUACAACUCUUAUUCUCGGAGGAAAUCUUACCGGUGGUUUAAGGAAAUCAGCAGUGAAGCCUUCCAUAAUUUUAGCAAUAGCUGUAGUGAGAUAUAUAGCUCUUCCCAUAUCAGGAAUUGCUGUAGUUAAGGCUGCAGCUGCUAUUGGCUUUCUGCCUGAAGAUCCAUUGUUCCAAUAUGUGCUGCUCACACAGUUCACUCUUCCUCCUGCAGUGGCUAUUGGUGUGAUGGCUCAGCUAUUCGGAGUUGGACAGGAAGAAAGCUCUGUCAUCUUCUUGUGGUUAUACUUAGUUGCUGCCUUAACACUCACUGUGUGGUCGACGAUUUUUAUGUACAUCAUAUCAUAGUACUAUAACUAUGGAAAUAUUCAUUUAAUGCUUUUCAAUUUGAAAGCAGAGAAAAUGAACGCCCUUUUAAUUAGGAUGAAUAAUGAAGAGGUUCAGAUUAUUUUUCCAGAAA